AUGGGUGACAAAUAUUCAUUUUCAUAUAUUGAAGAGAUGAUUCCAAGAAACCAGACAGCAGUUUUCACUCGAACACUAACAAAUGUUGAUAAAAAUCAUAUAAUUAGUUAUAGACAGAUUUACAGCAGAAUAGAUCGGUCGCAUAAUAGAUGGAUGUUAGACUUGAAUGAUCGUGAAAUGUAUCGUUUUGACUCACCAGUAUUUGAUUCAUCGAUUGAGGUCGUGAAUUCAACAUAUUAUGUGUUGAGAAAUGCAUAUGUUAAUAGAAUAGGUGCGAUAAUCAUUGAUGGCAUAUGGUAUCAGCUUCCUUACCGAAAUCAUCAGAUCGGAGCAAUUCCAGGAGAAUGUAUCGGCCAUUAUGAUAGGGUAAUAUCUUUAUCAAAUCGCUUUGGAUUGAUGUUUGGCCAUUGGAUGAAAGAUGCACUUUCACCUUUAAUUAUGCUUCCUCAAGAAGUUUUUGACAAUGCAUAUUUAGUCAUAUCAGGACACCCAACUUGGUGUUUAGAUUCAUUGAAGCUUCUUGGUUUCAAUACUUCUCAUACAAUAAUCUUACCAAAGUUUAGUGAUUACAUAUUUGCAAAGGAGUUACAUACAUUUGUAGGAAAUAGAUCAUUCUUAUGCCAUCUUGGGCAAUCUCUUAUUAAUUUGUCGAAUCUAUUUAAGCAGAAAGCAAAUCUUGAGGAGAAGCCACCAUAUAGAUAUGUUUUCUUAAACAGACCAGCAAAAGGAAAUCGACACAUAUCUAAUUUUAAAGAGAUUGUUAACACUGCCAAAGAAACAUUUCCAGAAAUCAAUUGGGAAGUCUGGCCAGAUAAAUUUAACACUAUGCUGCAGGCAAUUAGAUCUUGGAAUCAAGUUAAAUUUAUAUUUACUCCAACAGGAUCAAAUCUUGACAAUGCAAUCUUUAUGCAGCCAAAAUCUGCAGUAUGUACCCCAUUUGCAGACUGGUAUGACUAUCCUGUUGUAUCAAUAUGCCAAAUAUUUGAAUUAUAUCAUAUUGUUUUUUAUGCAAAUGGAUGGGAUCAUUUCGGUGAUUGUACUGCACAGCUUGAUGUCAACAAAUGCAUGAACAUGAUAGCUAGGGGGCUAUACGUAUUAUCGCAUCAUAAUUGGCCUAGAUUUUAA